CAUUCCCUUUAUAUAUAAUAUAGCCUCUACUAGUCAUCUGAUUAUUUUAUAUAAUAUAUGUUAAUCCUCUCGCGUUAAUCUCAGGCUUAAAUUUGCGCUUUCUCGUUCUUUCUUCCUUAGAUCCCUCUUCUUAAAAGCACCUUUCAGGGAUCAUCAACAAGAAGGAGAAAUGGGGCUGACAUUCACCAAGCUUUUCAGUCGGCUUUUUGCCAAGAAAGAAAUGCGAAUUCUCAUGGUUGGUCUCGACGCAGCUGGUAAGACCACCAUAUUGUACAAGCUCAAGCUGGGAGAGAUUGUCACUACUAUUCCUACCAUUGGUUUCAACGUGGAGACUGUUGAGUACAAGAACAUCAGCUUCACUGUUUGGGAUGUGGGGGGUCAGGACAAGAUUCGUCCAUUGUGGAGGCACUAUUUCCAGAACACUCAGGGUCUCAUUUUUGUGGUUGAUAGCAAUGACAGAGACCGUGUUGUGGAGGCACGAGAUGAGUUGCAUAGGAUGUUGAAUGAGGAUGAGCUUCGGGAUGCAGUGCUUCUUGUUUUUGCUAACAAACAAGAUCUUCCCAAUGCAAUGAAUGCUGCCGAAAUAACUGAUAAGCUUGGGCUGCACUCUCUCAGGCAGCGUCACUGGUACAUUCAGAGCACUUGUGCAACAUCUGGAGAGGGGCUUUAUGAGGGUCUUGAUUGGCUUUCUAACAACAUUGCUAACAAGUCCUAAGGCAACAGGAGAGUUCUUGCGGGUUGAUCCUGGAUGCAGGCAGGUUUUUAUCUAGUUUCUUUUACCAAGUCAGUGUGGUUAUGAGCAUUGUCUUGAAAGGCAUUUGCAUCUUGUUAGGACUUAAUGAAAUGGCUUUGUUAUACAACGGUUGGAUAUAUGUAAUGCUGUUUGUUUAGGUUUUGAGUAUACUUCCAUAAAUUUGUAAACAAAGACUAGUUCUUUAUGACGUUUUUGUUAAUGGUUAAUGAUUGUACUUCCUCUUUUUGUCCCUAA